AAUCGUUGGUUAAAUGCCUCGAUUGCGUGCGGUGCAGUGUUGUGUGUGAUGUAGCUGUGUAACGAGCGCGAGUACAUUUCACUCCAUUAUCAUUUCGAAAUGAUGAGCAUUUCCGCGGUCCCGAAGUGAUUCAGUGCCGAAAUAUUUCAGCCCGUUUUGACGGCUGAGCCACGAUGGUUGAAUCAAUAGGGAAGCACAUGGAAAGGAGUCAGUGGUAUUAGGGUGGAAUUAAAGAAAUUAAUAAAAUGGCUACAAAAACAGAAGACACAACAUCUAUUGAUAAUACCAAUGAUGGAGAAAGUAUGGACAAGGAGGUAUUAGCAAUUAGUGGAAACGAUGAAACUGGUCAUCGUAUUCCACCUACAUAUUUGUAUAAUUCAAGUUCUGAACAAAACACAGGGAUAUCUAAUCAAGAGCAAAGCAAUAGAAAUCGUGCUCAAGCUACGGAAGAUCAGUUAGGACCACUGCCACCAAAUUGGGAGAAAGCUUACACAGACACAGGAGAAAUUUAUUUUAUAGACCACAAUACAGGUACUUCCCAUUGGCUAGAUCCUCGUUUAUCUAAAUUUCAAAAAAGAUCUCUUGAAGAAUGUUUGGACGACGAAUUACCUUAUGGCUGGGAGAAAAUAGAUGAUACUUUGUAUGGUACAUAUUUUAUUGAUCAUGUGAACCGUAGAACUCAAUAUGAAAAUCCUGUGUUGCAAGCCAAAAGGGCACAACAAAGUUUGGGAGAACGAAAAAGCCCUAAUUUUACAAGAAAUCCUGAUAAAUUAAAGGGUCAAAGAAUAAGAACAACAUUGAUAAAAAGUUCAAGAGGACUAGGAUUUACUAUUGUUGGUGGAGAUGAUUCGGUUGAAGAAUUUUUACAAAUAAAAAGUGUUGUACCAAAUGGUCCAGCAUGGUUAGAUGGAAAAUUGCAAACUGGAGAUGUCUUAGUGUAUGUUAAUGAUACAUGCGUCUUAGGUUUUACUCAUAAUGAAAUGGUAAAUGUUUUUAAAUCAAUUGGUAGUGGUGAAACUGUUACAUUAGAAGUAUGUCGUGGUUAUCCAUUACCAUUUGAUCCAAAUGAUCCAAACACUGAAGUUGUUACUACUAUUGCUGUCAAUGCUCCAGAUAUUUUAACAGAAGAUCCCAGAAUGUACAUGGAUCUGGAUCCUGCUUUACAAAAUAACGGUCGUUUUAAUUUCCUGGAUUCUACACUCUUGCCAGUACAUGGUCUUCAAAACGGUGAAAAUCUUGCAACAACGUCGGUAAAUUCAAUGCCAGAUCUUUGUAUUUCGGAUAAAAUUAAUACGAUUAAAAGACCCAGUAGUACAGAUAUAUUGAUGUCUGAAAGUGAUUUGAAUGACUGUAAAGAUUCAACAAUGUCUUCCAAACCAGAAUUUCUCAGUAUUGCAAUUGUAAAGGGAACUAUGGGAUUUGGAUUUACGAUAGCCGAUUCUGCUCAUGGCCAGAAAGUUAAAAAAAUUUUAGAUCGUCAACGUUGUAAAAAUUUGAUGGAAGGUGAUAUUUUAGUUAACAUAAAUGACAUAAAUGUAAGAAACAUGUGUCAUUCCGAAGUAGUACAAGUUUUAAAAGAUUGUCCUCGUAACGAAGAAGCGUUAAUACAUGUACAAAGAACAACAUCAAAAUCAAAUGAAAAGAAAGAAAAAAAUUCACAGGACUUUUUCAGAAGUAAAACACCAACUGCUGACAUUUAUAGCACUCAGACAAAGACUGUUGUACCAAGCCGACCAAAAACACCGCUUAUCGACACUAGAAAUCAUCCGAAGUCACCAACAAGUGCAAUGAGGUCAAACUGGAAUGAACAGAGCGAAAAUGAAUUAAAUCCCUUAGAUAAUCGAUACAAAUAUUCUGAAUAUACUCAUGGCAUGUACUAUACCGAUCCCUAUAAAGCAAAUAUUACGAACUUGUCCGAUAAUUUUGCAACAAUGACGAAUUUAGACGAUGAUCCUGUACGAAAUACGACUAAAAGAGAUUGGGUGACAAGUGAUAAGUUAAAUAUAAAUAAUGACGUGUAUUCUAUUGAUAUACCUCAUCAUGAUAAUAUGUUAAAACAAAAUGGAUGUCUACAUUCAGAUUACUAUAAAGAUUUGUAUACAUCACAAUCUCAUUCUCAAUAUAGUGAACAAGAUUAUAAUGUAUAUUCUAUUGGUCAAGAGCAAAAUGUUGAUACCGGUGAAAUAUGGGAUAAACGGAAAGAAACUACUAGUUUUGAGCACGAGCAACCACAUUCCAGUUCCAUACCUCGGUAUCCUCAAUAUAGCAACGAGUUAUUGUGUCCAAUUGUGCCUGAUAUAGAGUGGAUAGAAACAUUGGUAACUUUAGUAAGGCAAGAUACAGGAUUUGGAUUUAGAAUAGUAGGUGGUACAGAGGAAGGAUCUCAACAGGUUUCAGUUGGACAUAUAGUACCUGGUGGUGCAGCAGAUUUAGAUAAUCGACUGAAUACUGGUGAUCUAAUUAUGUCUGUUGACGGUGAAAGCGUUAUGAAUUCGUCGCACCACCACGUUGUUCAAUUAAUGAUAGCUGCUGCUCAGAAUGGUAGAGUUACUUUGGGAAUACGCCGCAGAAUUAAUACGCAGGAUCAUCUUCCGGAAAACCUUCAAACACCGUACAACAGACAAAUGAAUCUCCAGUAUCCUUAUGAUGUAACAGUUACUAGAAUGGAAAAUGAAGGUUUUGGUUUUGUUAUUAUUUCCUCGGUUAAUAAAGCUGGUUCAACAAUUGGUAGAAUAAUCGAAGGAUCUCCAGCGGAAAGAUGCGGACGAUUGAAUGUUGGAGAUCAUAUUCUUGCCGUUAAUCAUGUAGAUAUAACAAAUGUAUGCCACAAAGAUAUAGUGAACUUAAUUAAAGACUCCGGAUAUUCUGUUACUUUAACGAUAGGUUACCCUCUUGACGAUUGUUGUAGUAAUACAUCUCUAUCGCAAAAGGAUGAACCAACAUGUGACGGAGAUGGAGGUCAGUAUCAUGCGGUUGAAUUAACCCGUGGAACUAGAGGAUUUGGUUUUAGUAUUCGCGGAGGACGUGAAUUUCAAAAUAUGCCAUUGUUUGUUUUACAAAUCGCUGAAAAUGGUCCUGCGUCUGUUGAUAAUCGAUUAAGAGUUGGUGAUCAAAUAAUUGAAAUAAAUGGAAUCAAUACUAAAAAUAUGACACAUACGGAAGCAAUUGAAAUUAUACGAAAUGGUGGACCAUCUGUUCGGCUUUUAGUUCGUCGUGGUUGCCAGAUGCCUUCAGUGAGUAAUCUCACAAUCGACCAAAUAAGUAUUCGACCGAUUGAUGAGGGCACCCCACGCAGGCAUUUAUUCAAAUUACACGAGGUGGGUGUGCACCCUAAAAAACGUCAGAAAGUUCGACUUUUCAUUUUACUCAACUGCUGUUCAUCCAAAAAUAGAUAUUUAUGAUAAGCAUGUUUAGUAUAUAAACGACUAUAAACGGUAUUUUCAUCGCAUUUAUAUUAUUAAGAUAAGUUAAUAUUUCAUAAAAUCAAAUAUCAAGAAUCUCCAAGAUGGUUCGCUACGUAUUUAAAGGUUUUGCAUUUUUCUAAACCAAUUUAUAUUAGAAAUUAUUGUACAAGUGUACAAAUGUGUAAAGAAAUAUGAUAAAAAUGUAAACAUUAAGGCAGUACAAUCUAUUUGUAAUGGCAAAUAGCAUUGAUACCCGUGAAACAUUAUAAAAGUUAACUAUUUUAUAAUCUUAAUAGGAGGAUAGUUAUACAUUGAUAAAUUUUAGAACAAAAGGAAUUUCGGACUGAAAAGAUCUAAAAUAAAUAUUUCAUUGUAUGUAGUAAUUGCAUAAGUUCCAUUAUGAACUCCUACAAGUGUACAAUUUUUAUGAAUCUCAUAGUAUAUUAUUCAGUGUUUUAUCAACUCUAUUUUUUUGAGCAGCAUUUGAAUGAUACUGUCGAUAUCGUUUUUCUUUUUAAGUAUUUAUUAUGACUGUAUGAAAUAUAUAGCAAUAAUUAAAUUAAGUACUGAUACAACCAAAGAAGCAGAUGCACUUAUCAACCAUUUAAAGAUGCAGUGCAGAAGAUCAAUGUAAAGAGAACUUAUUGCAACAUUAAUUAUUUAAUGUUUCCUGUUGGAACAAUUUUUCAUUAACGAUUGCUCGAUAACAUUUAUAAAUAAACAAAUGAUGAUGGAGAAUCUUCUAUCAAAAUAAUCUCGUCCGAUCUUUUAUUAAAACAUGUUAUAUAUGUAAAAACUAAUAAAUAUAUUUUUUUACUAGUAGAUCAGUAAUAACUAGGAAAAGAAAGUUGUUCGGUAGAAUGCGAUAAGCAGUGUAAAUCGCGAUGAAUUAUAUUAUACUUUUAAAACCUUAUCAGGCACUCGUGAAAUCUGAACGUAAAAUCUCCAUUGUUCAUUAUUUGUUUAAGUAAACAAUUUUACCAUAAUAUCAUGUCAAUGAUGAAUAGCGAUAAUCGCAUUUAAACCAGAUUAUAUUUCAAUUACAUUAUAGCUAUUAUCCUUAUUUUUUUAUAAUUAAUAUACAUAUAUAUUCGCGUAUACAAUUGUAUAUUAUGUAGGAUAUAAACUGAUUGUAAAUAUAUACAUAAACAUUUCAAAAAAGGUCGUAUGAUAUUGAUAAUUAUGUUUCAUGAAGAAAGCGAUAACUGUUCAAUUAAAAUGUAUCGAUGAUUUUUGUAAUUUGAUUAUUAAACAAAACUCCAUGUCUUCUGUAGUUACAAUUUUAUCUCUUGCCAGGAUACAUAAUCUGUACUUAUAAACUGAAAGUACUUCAUCAUCGAAUGUUACUUUAUCUUGUCACUGCCGUGUAAUUAUGUAAUUUCUCUGACGCAUUUCAUAUUUAUUACAAAGAAUUAUUCAAUAUUGUA